AUGUCAAAUCCAUUUCAAAAUAUAGGUAAGAAUUUGCUAUACAUUUCUACAGCUGGUAUUGCGUCCAUUUAUAUAGUCAAGACAAUAGUGAAGACUAGGAGAGAUGCUAAAUUUAUACCAAAAGCCCGAGGAGACAAUGGCGAAGUCAGCGAACGGGAUUAUUAUGAUAAUCUGGCACAGGUGAGGCCAGGAUUUCCCUUACCCAAACAAAACGGUAACAACAUUGACCCUGAGUGCCAUGGGCUGGUUAGAAAGAGUAAAUAUGAAGGCAGUGGGCUCAGUGCGGCAACAAGAAAAAGAGGUGACAAAUUGGGAUUUUUAGACAGAAGAAGAAACGAGUAG